AUGGAAACUUUUAAAUCAAAAUAGAUAAAAUUAAGUGAAUUUGAAGUAUUGUAAACUUUAGGAACAGGUUUAUUAAAUAUAAAUUAUAAAUAAUAAAUAUAAAUUAUAUUAGAUAAAAUUAAAAUUUAAAUAUUUAAAACACUUAAAAUAAAAAUAAAAUAAAAUAAAAUAUAAUAUUUUAAAUUAAGGAUCAUUUGGUCGUGUUAGAUUAGCUAAAUAAAAUCAAUAGGUGGAUAUGUUGCUUUAAAAAUGCUUAAAAAAGCUGAAAUUUUGCGUUUAAAAUAAGUAGAUCAUAUAAUUUCAGAAAACACUAUAUUAUCAAAUAUUAAUCAUCCCUUUCUUAUUAAAAUGCUUGGUUUUUGUUAAGAUGAUAGAUUUUUAUAUUUUGUAUUAGAAUAUGUUCAAGGAGGUGAACUAUUUACUUAUUUACGUAAUAAAGGUAAACUUGAAAAUAACGAAUCAUAAUUUUAUGGUGCAUAAGUAGUCAGUAUGUUUGAAUAUUUACAUGGAAAAAAUAUAGUAUAUAGGGAUUUAAAACCAGAAAAUAUACUCAUAGCUGGAGAUGGCUACUUAAAAUUAACAGAUUUUGGUUUUGCUAAAUAUUGUGAUUCACGUACAUAUACUCUUUGUGGAACACCAGAAUAUUUAGCACCUGAAAUAUUACUUAAUAAAGGACACGGAAAACCGGUAGAUUGGUGGUGUUUGGGAAUUCUUAUAUAUGAAAUGAUUGCUGGUAUUGAUCCUUUUAAUGAUGAAGAUCCUAUGGCUAUAUAUUAAAAAAUUUUAAAAGGAAAAGUUAAAUUUCCAAGAAAUUUUGAUAAAAAUGCUAAAAGUCUUGUUAAACAUUUACUUGUGGCCGAUUUGACUAAAAGAUAUGGAAAUCUAAAAGGAGGAGUAAAUGAUAUUAAAACACAUAGAUGGUUCGGAGAUAUUGAUUGGGAUGCUUUGAAUUAAAAAAAAAAUCCAGCAAUUUAUAAACCUCCCAUUAAAGGCAAAAAUGAUACUUCUAAUUAUGGAAGCUACCCUGAUUCUAAUGAAUUGCCAAAGGCUAUAAAAAGCUCUGAUGAUCCUUUUAUUAAUUGCAAAAUAAAAAAACUAAUCAUGAAAUCAAAUAGUCCUUAAAAAAAAAAGUAAAAUUAGCCAAAUUCUCCAAAAUCUUAAAUUUCGAAUUCAAGCGAAGAAGAUGAUGAUAUAGUUGAAUAAGUCGAAAUAAAAAACUAAAAUAUUAAAUAAUAAAGAAUAUCUGUAAGUGCUGAAGCCUAUGGAUUAUUUAAUAAACGAGAAAAUUUCGUUGCGAGAAUAAUUCCUAAAAAUAAUAAAGAAAAGUAAAUAGUAGUAAAUGCUAUGGAAGAGAAAAAAUACUAAGCAGGAGAUUAUGUCAUAAGAUAAGGAGAAGAAGGGACAUAUUUAUAUGUAAUAGAAAAAGGAUAAUUAGAUUGCUUUAAAAAAUACUAAAAUUAACCCUAACCUACAUAUUUAAAAACUUACUAACCUAGCGAAUCUUUUGGUGAACUUGCACUUCUUUAUAAUGCACCAAGAGCAGCUUCUAUAGUGGCAAAAACAGAAUGCUUAGUUUGGGCUCUUGAUAGAGAAACUUUUAAUCAUAUUGUGAAAGAUGCAGCUAUGAGAAAAAGAGAAAAAUAUGAAUAGUUUUUGACAAGUCUUCCACUUUUGAAACAUAUUCAUGACCCAUAUGAAAAAACAAAAAUUGCGGAUUCUUUAGAAAAUAAAGUUUUUUAAAAAGGGGAAAAUAUUUUGUUAUAAGGAUCUAAAUUUGGAAAUAUCUAUUUUGUAGAAAACGGAGAAGUGAUAGCUGUUAAAGAUGGAAAAUAAGUUUUUAAAUAUGGAAAAGGAGACUAUUUCGGAGAAAUUCCGUUAUUUAAAAAUAUUUGUCAACCUUUUAACUUUGUUUCUAAUGAAAAUAAUACUUCUCUUCUUGUUAUAGGAGCAGGAAGCUAUAAAACCACCCUUUUUAUUGUUGAAGAUAAACUUAAAGAUAAUUUUGGAAAAUAUUUAGGAUUUAUAUGA